AGAUGACUUGACACCCCUUCGUAGUAAUUUCGCAUAAACGGUGGCUAAAAUGCAUUAUUUUUGGAUUUGAUGUGUGCGUGUGACGAGCAAGAACCAGAAUUUCUUGGCCACGGGAUCAGUUUUGAACAUUAGCCGAGGGCGUCACGUUCUUGAGUCAUAUUCUACAAUCUUCCAGCUAAUGAUGGACUUCAGAAAGUGAAAUUGGAAGGCCGCAAUCCGCUUUAUAAGGUCUGGCGCAAUCCCGCAAGUCGCCAUGGCCUACAACAAGCACGACAUCCAAGAUGUUACAUCUUACAUGGAUGGGGUUCCAGUUAAGAUCAGUGAAAAGUUCCGACCACCAAGAAAGGUCACCCUGCCGGUAGGUUUCAUGACACGUCUUGAAACUACCCUCGAGAGCACUUUGCAAGAUACGAGUUUCGACUUUUCCCUUGCAAGAAGUGUGGCCAAAAACAGUGGCUACCGAAAAGCCCAGAAAGAAAUAGUUCGAGAGGAGCGACGAGCACGAAUUGCUCAAGGGGAGCAGCUUUUGCGUCAGCAAAGAGACAAGGAGCUUACAGAUCAACUUGAGAAGCUUAAUAUGAAAAUGGAAAAGGCUGAGAUUGAGUGCAAGGCUAAGGAAUCAACCCCACCUGUUUCACCAGUGACAAAGACUGUGCCCGAAAUUCAUCAACAGGUUCAGCCAAAUGUUGGCCCUCAACUAUCGACAGCCAUUCUCACCCCUGUCCUCCUGGCUGCUCCCAAAAACAGUUCUGAAAGCAAAACCAACUCCAACUCUUUCAACUUCAAAGACUUUGAGAAUGACACCUCAAGCCCUUUUGAUAAUGUCGAGUUGAAGACCAUCAACGAUUUGGAGGAAUUGGCUCACGUUCUGCAUUUGGAAGCGCCACCUGCUGCCAAUCCAGCGCCUAGCUACAAUUUUGACUCAAGAAACAACAACUCCUAUGCAGAAUCUCGCUACUUUUAUCCUCCCCAAGCCCCAACGCCAGGGUCUGCAGCUUCGAAUCAGUUUUACUACCCCCAGCAGCAGACGUGGUCCUACCCUCACCCCUACAAUCACACAUCAUCGACGAAAGAAAACCACCCUUUCCCAGCAACUGUUUACAGUCAAGCUAACGAUGUUCGAUAUCAUUUCCCUUCCGCUGCUGCCUCUCACGAAUCAUCAGCCAGAACAUCAAAAAGUGUGCCUGAUAUCAUGGAGGAGUUACAAAAAGAAGCCACAACUAGUCGGACAGCGGCUGUCCAGGUGCCCCGUGUCGAAGCCUUCAAAACAGAAACUCAUAACUCAUUUAGACCAGCAAGCUUUGGAUCGACUGGUCUUGAGAACUGGAAGCCAUGGCCUGAUCUUGACAGUCCUGCAGAAACUCCGAGCGGCGAUAGCCCACCACCAGCAGCUCCUGUGGUCACUCGGGCUGCCGGAAACACUUUGGAACGUUUAAAUCCAGAAGCCCAAAAACUUGCCAGGCAAAUCAGCGAAAUGGGAUUCCCUGUUGCCAAGGUGGUGAGAGCGUGCAAAAUAAUUGGCGAAGACCACAAGAAAGUGGUAGAUUUCCUACUGCAAGUGCAAGCACUGGAGGAAAAAGGUUUCCCUGACACCAAGGUUGAGUACGUGCUGGGCACCCUGAAGCUGGACGAGCAACGAGCGCAGCAGUUUUUGCCAGUCUUUGUUCAGCUCGUCGAUUUAGGCUUUGCGGAAGAAAAAGUGUCGGCAGCCCUCAUUCAGUCGGGUUGCGAUCGUGACAAAGCUCUUGAUGCACUCCUUUCCUAAUUUUAUCCACUUGAUCUAUUUAUUUUCAUCCCCCAGCUCAAUUGAGGGUGCAUAUUGUAAGCAAUGAUUUUCUCGUGCCACAUUCCUCUCUUACAAGAUUCUUUAUGAGCCAUCACAAUACUUUUUAACUUAAGGGAAUAUAAAUGAUUCGUCAAUAUGAGAUUUGGUAGAACGCCUUGAUUUUUGGCAAGUAUGUGUUGCAAGGAGGAAGUAAAAUGUUAUUACUGAAGUAUUUUGAGAAGAAGUCCGUGAUGUAAAAAGAUCAUAUAUUUUACUCCCAAAGAAUCUGAUUUUGAGCUUCUUGUGAUUUCGCAUUAUAUGCUUAAAAGAAAUAAAAUUUCAUA